AUGAAAGGUGUAGUAUUUACCGCUGUUGGCGCAGAGCCAAAGGUCGUAGAUGACCUCCCAGUUCCAGUUCCAGGGCCCGAUCAAGUCUUGGUCAAGUCCAUUUGGACUGCUAUCAAUCCUGUUGAUGCGUUCAUGAGUCAGUAUGGUCUUCUGGUUGUUGACUGGCCCCUCGUCCUGGGCGUUGAUGCUGCAGGUGUCAUUACCGAUUGCGGAAAUGAGGCGACAGAAAAGUAUGGACUCGAGGCUGGUGAUGAAGUAUUCGGCUGCACCAGGCUAGGAAGUAAGGGGUAUUCUGCCGGGCAGCAAUAUUUCCUCAUGGAUGCCCGCGUGACAAUUCCCAAGCCGAAGAAUAUAUCACUUGUUGAGGCGGCUACACUGGGUGUCGGAGUGGAGACAGCGUGCCUGGGUCUGUUCGAAGGGUUGAAGAUCGCAUUCCCUGAUCCCAAGAAUCUUCCUUCAGCCUCUGAUGAGUGGGUUGUCAUUCUGGGAGGUGCGAGUAGCGUUGGGAAGGCUGCUAUACAAAUAGCCAAGGCAUGUGGCUACAACGUAGUUGCCUCCUGCUCCGACAAAUCUUCUUCGGUUGUCAAGGAGCUGGGCGCAGUGCCCUUUGACUACAAGGUUCCGCUCGAGCAACAAGUCAAGGAGGUCCUUGAUAUCACCUCGGGCAGGGCCUCCAGGGUAUACGAUGCGGUGGGUUCAGAUGAUCCCGCCAUCUGCAAAGAGUUGUUCAAGGCGACUCAAGCGACAGACAAACGUUUUGCCACUACCAACGAUUGGAACCCGGCAAUUGAGGACUUUGAGGGCGGUACAACAUACAAAGUUAAGCUUGGAGAAGUUGGUCGACCUGAAGGUAAAGAGCUAAACGACAACAUUGAGAAGUACAUCCCACUCAUUGUUACCUUGAUUGAGACAGACCAACUGAAACCAAGCGAGUAUGAGGUAAUUGGCCAAGGCGGUUUCGACGACGCGGUGAAAGCCUAUCAUCAUCAGGUCUCAGGGGCCGGGGGCUCUCGAAAGGUCUUGGUCAAAAUUCAGGAUCCGUAG